AUGUCAAGUGCUAAAUCAACCCCCCACGUCUUGCUGACAGGAGCCAAUGGCUUUGUGGCCUCUCACAUCCUGGCCAUUCUAAUAAAUCGCGAAUAUGCCGUGACUGCAACGGUGCGCUCCCAAGGUAAAGCGGAUGAUAUUAUCAAGACACAUCCAUCUUGGGAAGGAAAGGUGCAAUUUGCCAUCGUUUCCGACUUCACAUCGGCGAAACCUUUCGACCAUCUCUUCGAGAGUCCAAAAAUGCCUUUUAAUUAUGUCAUCCAUACGGCAUCUCCAUUGAAGUUCCAGGUGUCUGAUAUUCAAAAAGAAAUGAUUGAGCCCGCAGAAAAGGGAACUACCGAGAUCUUAAAGGCUGCCCAUGAGCACGGUGGAGACACUUUGAAGCGUUUUGUACUUUUGGGAAGUGCUGUAUCAGUGCUUAACUCCUUUGAAGAUAUGUCUAGAGAAGGCAAGCCUUACACGGAGAAGAAUUGGAACCCGGUGACGGCUGAGCAAGCCAUUGAGAAAAAUGAUGCCGUAUUGGGUUAUAACGUGUCCAAGAAAAGAGCCGAGGCUGCUGCAUGGGAAUUCAUGGAGCAGAAUCGUACCUCCUUUGACUUGGUUGUAAUCAACCCCGAUAUCAUCAUUGGUCCAAUGAUUCACCCAAUUUCAGGCCCAAAGUCUAUUAAUGAGACCAAUCAGUUUGCCAUCGCGAGCUUUAUUGAUGGAACUCACAAGAAAAUCGAAGGUGUUACCUUCCCUUUCUACCAUUUUGUCGAUGUUCGCGAUGUAGCGCGGAGCCAUGUUGAUGCUCUUAAAAACCCCUCCGCGGCCAGCCAGCGCAUUCUCCUCAUUUCGGGUCUCAUUACACCCCAACUUGUGGCCAACAACAUCCGCAAAAAUUUCCCGGCUCUUGCUCACAAAGUUCCCGAAGGUAACCCUUCCCAGAUCUUACCUCCCGGAGUGCAUCCCACAGGAUGGGAUAUGCGAGUGAGUUUGGGAAUACUAGCCGUGGGUACCAAAGAGGGCAAAUGGGAGUACAUUGACCUGGAAACUAGUGUCGUUGAUACUGUUGACUCAAUGAUCAAAAACAAAGUCUUACAGUAA